AUGACGAAAUGGAGGAGGGGCCAAACAAGAGGAGCUGGCGAACGUGGCCUGCUUCCGAGGGUCGUUCACUUUUCCAACAUGUUCAUCCAGUGUGCGCAGAUGGAGGUGACCGACCUAGAUGAGCUAUCGAAGAAGAUGUUGAAAGCAUGGAAGCUGGCAGAGGUUGAGUGGGCAGCCAAGGAUGCCGAUGAGGUAAAAGUGGCGGUGGUGAUAGAGGUGGCGGAGCAGGCCAAAUUAGCAGAAAUGGAGGCGGCCAUGGCAAAGGUAGUGGCUGAUUACCAAAGCUCGGGGGAGUUCACUGCUUUGGUAGAUAACAGAGGGCUUGACCAUUGGACUCACACAGUCGAUAAGUACCUGGGUGACAAAUGUCGAUUACUUCAUAGGGGCCUCCUCACGAAGGGUCGAGGGUUUCUUCGGUGGGGAUGUCGUUCAGUAUAUGGCUACGUUGAUUUCUGCAAGCACGAUUGCUUCGGUGCCGAAGGCUAA